AUGCUCUCUCGCCUCCUCCCCAAACCCUCACGUUUCUCUCUCCUAACCCGAAUCUCCUCAAAAUUCCAUCCAUGUCCCCACCCCCGAAUCCCCUCCCGGCCCCAAAACCCUACUUCUUUCCCCACCUUCCUCCCCAGAUUCUUCUCCACCGGCGGCGACGACCACUCCCCGCCGGACCUCUGGAAGCUCUCCAAGGAAACCGACGAGAAUUUCGAUCCUUUGUUCGGCGACGGCUCCGGUGAGGUCUCCGGGACAGCCGAGGCCGGUUCGCGGAAGGGCGGCGAUGAGUGGGAGACGGCGGAGGGGUUUCGGCCGUGGAGCUUGGGAGGAGGGGAGGAGAAGAUUGAUGACUUGUUCAAAGUCGGCGAUGGGUUUCGAGGGAAUAGUGGUGUGGAGAUAGAGGAGGAGGAGGAUGGGGAGAAGAGGAUAGAGGAGGCUAAGAGGCUUGAGCAGAAGGAGAAGGAGCUCACUGCUGUUCUUAAAGGUCCAAAUCGUGCAUUUGGUGACCUUAUUGCUGCAUCUGGGAUCACAGAUGAGAUGCUUGACAGUUUGAUUGCAUUGAAGGAUUUUCAAGGGAUAAAGGGAUUGCCUCCACUAGAGGAAAUUGAAGACAUUCGUUAUCAGAAAAAUACAAGUAAAUCAUCUAGAGCUGAUAUAGAGCGCCAGAAACAGGAGGAAGUUGCCAAAGCAAGAGUGAGACAAGUGGACGACAAGGAAAGAGCUUAUGGAACAGGAAGAAGGAAAUGCAGUGUAGCCCGUGUCUGGAUUCUGCCUGGUCAGGGUAACUUCGUCAUCAAUGAUAAACAGUUUGAUGUCUAUUUUCCAAUGCUUGAUCAUCGUGCUGCUAUCCUUCUACCAUUCUCUGAGACAAAAACUUUGGGCCUUUGGGACAUCAAUUGCACCGUUCAGGGCGGUGGACUCUCCGGUCAAGUUGGAGCAAUACAAUUAGGAGUUAGCAGGGCCUUGCAAAACUGGGAACCAGACUUGCGUCCUACACUCAAAGCUUCUGGUUUCUUGACUAGGGACUCACGUGUUGUGGAAAGGAAAAAACCAGGAAAAGCAAAAGCAAGGAAGAGCUUCCAAUGGGUCAAGCGUUGAUCAGUUGUUGUGAGCUUUAUUGUGUGCACAACCAGUUUUGUUUGGAACUUCAAUUGUGAUCGACCGAAAUAACUUGUUCAAAUUCAGUCAUAUGUCCUCCCAUGGCAUUGAUAGUGUAGCUUGUAAUAGACCAGCAGUCUUAGAAGAAUUGUGAAAAUUAACACUGGUCAUUCUGAGUUAUCUUGAAGCAAAUGUCGGUUGGUUUUUUAUUUGUUGUACACUACAAGCUCCUGUACACGAUUCCUUAAACUAGUUUACUAGUCCAUUUGAGGAACUCUCAUCCAAGAUACUAAUACCUCCUUUCAUUGUGUAUGCUACAUUUCCUGUUGGUCAUUACUUGGUGCAAG